AUGGCCACGGAUUGUGAGCGGCCGCCUGACUGGGCUGCCGCCGGUUGCUUGGACAACUUUCGCCAGUAUCGAGACAUCACCAACCGAGAGGUGGAGCGGGUCCGGCGAAAUCUGAACGGGCUGUCGGACGAUGACAAAGCUUCACUCAUCAGGAAGCCAGAGGAACAGGUGAAAGCGAUGGAAGAGGCUGUGGCGGCCACGCUCCAGCUCGUGGAGAAGCUUGAGACACUGCUCCGCAAGGAGUCGCAGACGGCUGAGAAGGGUGCCAGGGGCUCUGGCGUCAACAUUCCUGUGGGUACCAAGCCAGUGCAGACCUUGCUCCAAACCCUCGUGCGCGAGUGGGCGGCGGAAGGGCUACAGGAGCGAAAGGCGUGCUUCGACAAGCUGCUAGGAGCUCUCGACAGCCACCUGACAAAGGCGGGUCGCGUGCUGGUCCCGGCAUGCUCCCUAGGUCGCCUGGCCUUCGAGGUCUCGUGCAGGGGGCACAGUGUGGAGGCUUGCGAGAGCCGGCUCUUGCAGUGGUUCGGCAUGGAGCUCCUACGGCAAAACGGUCAGGCAGAGGUGCUUCGACCACAGCCGUUCGCGCUCAACACGUGCAACCGGCUGAAGUUUUCCGACAAUCACAGAGUAACAGCCAUGCCGGAUGUGACGAUCGAGGAAGGGCGACUACCUCGACAGCAUUUUGGCGAGUUCAUCACUCUCUACGACAGGUCGGAUGCCAAAGAAAGCUUCGACUGCCUCCUGACCUCUUAUGCGCUGGACCUGUCUCCAAACGUGUUCCGUUUUGUGCGCACAGCAGCUCAUGUGGUCAGACCUGGUGGCGUGUGGGCGAAUUUUGGCCCUUUGGCUUAUGAUACCGACCACGACGAGGCAGCCGGGCACGGCUUGGAGCUCAGCUGGGAGGACGGACUAUGGCGAGGGUGUUGGCUUCAGAGUAUUGUGUCGCAUUGGCAUAGUCCCCAAAAAGCGAGAGAGGAGAGGAACAUCAGAUGA